AUGAGCGGAAACGCCGCCGCCUCGGCCGCCGCCGCCGCCGCCGCCGCUGCCGCCGCCGCGCACUUCCAACCUCGGCCGUCAUCUCCCAGGCCGGGCCCCGCCGAGCUCGGGCCCCCGCGCCGCCCGCGCCCCCCGCCGCCGCCGCCGCCCCGGCCCGAGUCCGCAGCCGCCGGCCGCCUCAGCCCUCCGGGCCCCGGGCCUCUUCGGAGCGGGGCGCAGGGUGGCGGCGCCUGCGGCAGAGCUCCCGGAGCAGGUAGUGUUGGUGCUUCUUUUCAGUGCCAGUCCAUCCAUCACGACCACAUUUGUCAUGAUGACAGUGACAAGAGUGAAGAUAGUCCAAGUCCUAAGAGACAGCGCCUCUCUCACUCAGUCUUUGAUUACACGUCAGCGUCACCAGCUCCCUCCCCGCCAAUGCGACCAUGGGAGAUGACAUCAAAUAGGCAGGCCCCUUCAGUUCGACCAAACCAACAUCACUUCUCAGGGGAACGAUGCAACACACCUGCACGCAACAGAAGAAGUCCUCCUGUUAGGCGUCAGCGAGGAAGAAGGGACCGUCUGUCUCGACACAAUUCUAUUAGUCAAGAUGAAAACUAUCACCAUCUCCCUUAUGGACAGCAGCAAGCAAUAGAGGAACCUCGAGCCUUCCACCCUCCGAAUGUGUCUCCCCGUCUGUUACAUCCAGCUGCUCACCCACCCCAGCAGAACGCAGUCAUGGUUGACAUACACGAUCAGCUACAUCAAGGAACAGUUCCUGUUUCCUACACGGUAACCACAGUGGCACCCCAUGGGAUUCCACUCUGCACAGGCCAGCACAUCCCUGCUUGCAGUACACAGCAAGUCCCAGGAUGCUCUGUGGUUUUCAGUGGACAGCAUCUCCCUGUCUGUAGUGUGCCUCCUCCAAUGCUUCAGGCAUGUUCAGUUCAGCACUUACCAGUUCCAUAUGCUGCGUUCCCACCCCUUAUUUCUAGUGACCCAUUUCUUAUACAUCCUCCUCAUCUGUCUCCCCAUCAUCCUCCUCACUUGCCGCCACCAGGCCAAUUUGUUCCUUUUCAAACACAACAGUCGAGAUCGCCUCUGCAGAGGAUAGAAAAUGAAGUGGAGCUCUUAGGAGAACAUCUUCAAGUAGGCAGUUUUACUUAUCCUCCUUCAGCCCAUCCCCCAACAUUACCUCCGUCAGCUCCCUUGCAGUUCCUGACACAUGACCCUUUGCAUCAGGAGGUGUCCUUUGGAGUACCUUAUCCUCCAUUUAUGCCUCGGAGACUCACAGGACGUAGUAGAUACCGAUCCCAGCAGCCCAUGCCACCUCCCCCUUAUCAUCCCAGCUUCCUGCCAUACGUGCUGUCAAUGCUCCCAGUACCACCUGCAGUGGGCCCGACUUUCAGCUUUGAACUGGAUGUGGAAGAUGGAGAAGUUGAAAACUAUGAGGCCCUGUUAAACCUGGCAGAGCGACUGGGAGAGGCCAAGCCUCGGGGACUGACUAAGGCGGAUAUUGAACAGCUUCCUUCUUACAGGUUCAACCCCAGCAACCACCAGUCAGAACAGACUUUGUGUGUAGUGUGCAUGUGUGAUUUUGAGUCCAGGCAGCUUCUUAGAGUCUUACCCUGUAACCACGAGUUCCAUGCCAAGUGUGUUGAUAAAUGGCUGAAGGGAAAUCGUACUUGCCCAAUUUGCCGAGCUGAUGCUUCAGAAGUGCAUCGGGAUUCAGAGUGACCAGCCUAAGAGCACAAAUUUAGUUUGGGUGUUCCUCAUCACAUGUAUAUAUGGACUAUCCGUUGAACUUAACCUGUGUGGCUUCCAGCCCUCCCUUUACCAAAAGGGUCAAUGGACCUUUCUUUGCACUGUGUGACUUAAUCAACUAUAAAAGCUUACAAUUAGUCUUCACAAUUAUGGGAUUGUUAUACUAACUGUGUGAUUGGAACUCCAAAGACCUUUUCUUUAGCUUAAUUUUGUGUGUGCACUAACAUUCCCUGGUUUUUGUGUGAUCAUUCCGAGUGUUGCUGCAAGAUUACAGUGGACGUGAUCUUUUAGCAUGUGCUUUUAUAAAAAGUGGUAGCUCCAGAUGAUAUAGCAAUCUACCUUAUAUAGAGCCUUUCGGAAACUGUGAGUGGAAAUGAGUGCAGCGUAUGACUGUUGGUGAUAAGUGAAUCUGUGUGAGAGAGUGUGCAACCUCAUGUGUGGGGGCAUGGUAGCUACUGUGUGUGUGAGAUCCUAUAUACCAGCAUGUACCAAGAAUGUGUGUGUAGUUUUAAUUAUGCUGCAAUGUAUAAUCUGGUGUGUUAUUUAAACAGCACUAGUACUGUACACUGGUUUUCCCCUUGUGUUUGCUGUUGCACACUGAUUGCUAAGGGUGCAUCAAUUCUAAGCAUUGAAUACUCCAUCCGCUUCCUUCCCAGUGAAUGGAAUGAGAAAAGCCUUCUUCCUUUGCUUCAGGCAGCUGUCCCCUUCUCUUCCUUGGUGAUCCUAAGUGGGUCGCUUAAGAAAAAAGUGUCAGAUUCUCACUCCAUGACCUGAAUUUUUUUUUUUUUUUCAAUUCAAUUGUAAAAGAAGCUUAAGUCUCCAACUUGCUAUUUCCAAAAAGAAGGUGCAAUACCAUACAUCAUCAGCAGCAAUAUUAGCAUUUCAGCCAGUGGCCUGAGUGUUGGUACUUGUUUUUCCUUUACAUUUCCAGUAGCUUCUUACAGAAAGGACCUGUGU